ACUUCAGCAUGGCGGUGUUCGCGGAUUUGGACCUAAGAGCGGGUUCCGACUUGAAGGCGCUGCGUGGGCUGGUGGAGAACGCCGCUCACCUGGGCUAUUCAGUUGUUGCCAUCAAUCAUGUUGUUGAAUUUAAGGAAAAGAAAGAGGAAAUUGAAAAACCAGUAGCUGUGUCUGAACUCUUUACAACUUUGCCAGUUGUACAGGGAAAAUCAAGACCGAUUAAAGUUUUAACUAGACUGACAAUUAUCGUUUCGGAUCCAUCUCACUGCAAUGUUUUGAGAGCAACGUCUUCAAGAGUCCGGCUGUAUGAUAUCGUUGCAGUUUUUCCAAAGACAGAAAAACUUUUUCAUGUUGCUUGUACACAUUUAGAUGUGGAUUUAGUCUGCAUAACUGUAACAGAGAAACUACCAUUUUACUUCAAAAGACCCCCUAUUAAUGUGGCAAUUGACCGAGGUGUGGGUUUUGAACUUGUCUAUAGCCCAGCCAUCAAAGAUUCCACAAUGAGAAGGUAUACAAUUUCCAAUGCCCUCAAUUUGAUGCAGGUCUGCAAAGGAAAGAAUGUAAUUAUAUCCAGUGCUGCAGAAAAGCCAUUAGAAAUAAGAGGCCCAUACGAUGUGGCGAACUUAGGGUUGCUGUUCGGGCUGUCCGAGAGUGAUGCCAGGGCAGCCGUGUCCACCAACUGCCGAGCGGCGCUUCUACAUGGAGAAACUAGAAAAACUGCUUUUGGAAUUAUUUCCACAGUGAAGAAAGCUCGGCCCUCAGAAGCAGAUGAUGAUUCUCUUCCAGCUUGCAAGAAAGCCAAGUGUGAGGGCUGAAAAGAAUCCCCCAGUCCUUGUUGACACCCCCUCCUCUCUUUGGUAGUCCAUCAGCCACGACAGAAAUAAAAGCUUUGUAUGCUUUGCUAUUUUCAUUCGGA